CUCCCGUCGCACGAUUCCGCCGCCGCCCGCGCGACAUAGCAGAAUUCGAUGGAAUCGGAGGAUCUAGUUGUGCCCACAACUACUUUUGAUGAGCCAGUGGAUGUGCUAACCAAGCCACUCCCGCCCACCAAGCCAUCUCUUCCUCCAUACCUUCCAUACAAAGAGGACAAAGAAAAGCGGGACAAGGAGGAGGAACGGGCAGAGAUUGAAGCCGCGGAAGAGAAGUGGCACAACAUUAUGCUAUCAGGAAUGGAAGUCCUGAGGAGGACGGGCCAGCUUAUCGAAAUCGUGGACUGCAAGAUUGAUGUGCGCCACUUGGUCAACCGCAAGAGUAACUGUGACGAAAUCAAGUGGGGAAAUGAGCCUGUUGAUACAGAGAUUGUGCUCGAGAGAGAAAAUGCCCUCUGGAAUGCUGCUAUGGAAUAUCGGAAAGUUCAUAACAUGGCUUCUGAGUAUGAUUUGAUUCCUAGCAAUAUGACCCUAUUUCCUAUAAUGUCAAAGAAGUGCAUGUGGUACCAUUGCAAUCUUGUGGGCUGUAAGAGAGAGUUUCCUUCAAAAGGGGUGCAACAAUAUUUCUUUCUUGAGGUCAACAUGACUGGAGGGAAGACAUACAAUGUGACGGCAUGCAUUACACUUGCUGAUGAUGAUGUUGACAAUACAUGUAAGGCAUGUCCUUCUCAUAUGGGCAUUUUGCAUCCAUGCAAAGGCGGAUUUGCUUUUGGGUGCAAAGAAGCACAGCAGGCCCAACUAAAGAGGAUGUGGGUGCCACGCCAGCAAGUAGGAUGGACAUAGUUGUGCCCUCACCUUCCCUAUCUGCUUGGUUGCCUACCCUGGGGAAUGAAACCCUAGGAUCUGUCACCAGAAG